AUGGCUGUUAAGAAAAAACUAGCAGUGAAGGAUAGAAUUAGCGAGUUAUCAGAUGAUGUUCUAUGUCACAUCCUUUCCUUCCUUCCAACCAAGGAAGCCAUUGCCACGUCAUUGUUGUCUAAAAGGUGGAGAAUUGUGUGGACCAUGGUUCCAUCUCUUCACAUUCAGUGCUCCGAACCAAUCAUGAAACAAUACGAGAGUCUCAAUGAGUUCAUGGCUCUACGCAGAACACAAAAGGUCACAAGCUUUCAUCUCAAAUGCAAUAGUGAUCAUGAUUGUUCCCCACGUUACUUGGGACAAUGGGUUUAUGAAAUAGUAGCCAGAAAAGUUGAACAAGUGAAUAUCUCCUUACGCCAUAUAAACGUGUUCGACGAGGUUGCCUUGUUCACAUGCACCACAAUUGUCAACUUGAAGCUCAAUGGUCCCUUUAGUAUCCAUAUUCCUCCUUCUGUUCAUCUCCCUAAUCUCAAGACUUUGCACCUAAAUACACGCAAAUGUUCCUUCAAAAUUGCUAGCAACCUUAUCUCGGGAUCUCCAGCUCUUGAACUGUUUCUCUUUAAUGAUCAUUUCAAUGACUAUAAGAUUAUGCGCAACUCUCGAGUUAUCCAAUUCUCCAAACUCAACGCGCUUUACCACCUUGUUAUACAAAGUGAGCCUCCUCAUGAUUUCAUCUCUGACUAUUGCCAAGGUCGUGAACUAAACAUAGUGAAAGCCAAGGUUUAUAUGACAGUGUAUAGGGCUCAUGCGGAGAGAAUUGUUGCUAAGAUUCUCAAAAGUCUACGUAACGUUGAGCUUUUGUCUUUCAGUUAUUUUAGGAAUGAGAUGGACCUUUCUAAUUUUGAUUUUCCAUUGUUUAAGAAUUUAGUUGAGUUAAGGAUUUUUCUUAAAGACGCUGUGUCCUUAAUAAUGGGCAUUAUUCUUGUCAAGUGUCCUAAUCUUCAAGUUGUUGAAGUGAAUAUCGUAGAUGAUUGUAAGAGUUGUCGGUAUUAUGCUAAUGGUGGAGGAAGGAAGCACGACCUAAUAACUGUUCCUAUUUGCCGUAAAACAACCACAGUUAGAAAGCGCCUUAGGACUUCAAGAGAUUUAGUUAUAGUUUAG